AUGAUGAAUCCAGGACUAAACAUCGCUGAAUUUCGACCACGACUCGACACUUUUGGCACGACGAGCAGCCGCGAUAGUGGGAUUGAUAUCAGAGAUCGGGAGAUGAGUUUACGGACACCUACACCAUUGCAAACGAUACGUGAAUCUGGUCAUGAGCAAGAAGUGAAACAGAAUGGACAAAACGGACAUCAUCAUCCUCAUCAUCAUCAUCAUCAUCACGAGCAUCGACGGAAACAUGUAAAGAAUCCGUGGAGGAAAAUUGAGAUUGACACCGUUUUGUGGGCAAUUGUCUUUGCAAUGACUGUUUUCUUCUUUCGUCUCCCAAUCAGCAUCUGGUUUAGCGUCAGAACUUAUUGGCCAUCAAUGUACGUUUCGCUUAUCUUAUGGGGAGUUCUAUGGUGUCUCGGAAUACUUGUCUACUUUCACAAGAAAGAUCCAGAGAAUGAGAAAAAGAUGAUCAGAAAAGUUUCUCUUCAAGCGAUCACCUGGAUCACAUUGUUUGCUGCUGCUGGAACG